UUGCGGUGGCUGAAAGCUUAAUUUUUAAUCGACCAAUAACAUCGCUUUACUUUCAUAGCCCUGCUUAAGGGUGAAUUCAUGCAAAACAAAUAAAUAGGUGGCAGAACGAUUUUCAAAUAAACUUGUGGAACAAGAAGACCAAAUACCAAGUUAAGGCGCAAUGACAAAGGAUAGAACCUAGGGAUAGAACUAAAACUGACAAAUUGUGGUUAGGUUCAUACGAAAUGAUAUUUCUGGUGCAAGGAAUAAGUAACGACGUACUUAUUUUAGGACAAGUACUGAAGGAAAAUAAAAUAACGUAAUUUUAAUCGCACAUAACCUAAAAAUAUGUUUUCCAAAUCGAUACUGAAAUCAUUAAGCUCUAAACAGUUAUUCUUCCUAAAAAAUUUAUGGAGUAAAAAAAAGCUUGAACAUGGAAAAUUUAAUAUCGUUGAACCCGGAAAUGUAUCCCCUCAAAAAACAGUUCCUGACCACAUAGUCAAACCAAGCUAUUAUGCAACUGGGCACCCAACCGAAUUCAUUGAUCAUCCUGAAAUAAAAAACCUUGAACAAAUAGAAAAUAUUCGAGAAUCGUGUAAAUUGGCGGCGAAUAUACUUAAAAAAGUUGAAUAUUUUGUGAAGGUUGGGGUCACCACAGACGAAGUUGAUAGCUUUACUCAUGACUUAAUCAUAAGCAAGGGGGCGUAUCCAUCUCCAUUGAAUUAUAAAAAAUUUCCAAAGUCUGUGUGCACUUCUGUGAAUAAUGUUGCCUGCCAUGGAAUUCCCGACGACAGGAAAUUGGAAGAUGGGGACAUCAUUAACGUCGACAUUACGGUCUUUUAUAACGGCUAUCACGGCGACUGUUCUAAAACCUUUCUCGUUGGAAAUGUCGACGAUCUUGGGAAAGAACUGGUAAAGGCCACUGAAACAUGCCUGAAAGAAGGAAUUUCCAUUUGUAAGCCGGGCGUCAAAUUUUGUAAAGUUGGCGAAAAAAUCGAGCACAAGGCUAAAAGUUUAGGUUUUACAGUGGUUCCGGCAUUUAUAGGCCAUGGGAUUGGGCACUACUUCCAUGGUCCUCCCGAUAUCUACCAUCUUUCCAAUGACUAUCCUGGCGUAAUGAAGGCGGGAAUGACGUUUACGAUUGAACCAGUUUUGUCGACUGGUAGUGAAGAAAUUGUGAUUCUUGAUGAUGGUUGGACUGCUGUUACUUUAGAUUUUUCAAGAACGGCUCAAUUUGAACAUACUGUUCUUAUAUCAGAAACGGGUGUUGAAAUAUUGACAAUGUAAAAAAGAAACUUUUCUUGUAGAAAUAUUUUUUAUAAAUGGUAUGUACAGUGUA